GCAAAUAUGUACCACUUAUAGUCACCAGUGCCCCCGGGAUGUCUCUGAAGCCGAUGGCUCGGCAUCUGCGCAACAUGCAGGUGAUGGCGAUGCGACAGAUGUUUCGCCCGUCGCGCUACAGGCUGCAUCCUUUUGCUGGAGCUGCCCGUUCAUUCGCUGUGGCUGCCAAAGAGCCUGAGUACCACACUGGUGGCAAUUUUGAAGGGUAUCACCUUUUCCACAGAAGUGCGCCCUUUACUUUCCGCAAUGGUGAGCAAAUCCCCGAGUUGCAAAUUGCCUACGAAACCUGGGGUCACUUGAACAACAAGAAAGACAAUGUCAUUCUUUUGCAGUGUGGUAUGUCAGCCUCUUCCCAUGCUUGCUCUCAUGCUCGGAAUCCUGCGCCGGGUUGGUGGGAGGAAUAUAUCGGCCCUGGUAGACCUUUGGACACGAAUUUGUUCUAUGUGAUUUGCACUAACAACCUUGGUGGGUGCUAUGGUUCAAGUGGGCCAUCUGCGAUCAACAGCCACACCGGCCAACGAUAUGGAAGCAGCUUUCCGCGCUUCGAGGUGCAAGAUCAGGUAGCAGCACAGUUCGUUCUCCUAGACCACUUGGGAAUCGACCAGGUUCAUGCCUGUGUUGGUGCAUCCUUGGGAGGCAUGCAGAGUGUUUGCGCUGCCUCGAUGUUCCCGGACCGUGUUCGCAAGUUUGUUUCGAUCUCCGCCUGUGCCAAGAGCUUUCCAGGUAGUAUUGCCUUUCGCCAUGCCCAACGUCAGGCAAUCAUGUCAGAUCCCAAUUGGCGAGGAGGGGACUACUACGAUGGCCAGUUACCAGCAAAUGGCUUGAGAUUGGCGCGGCAGCUUGGAACGAUCACCUACCGCUCUGGUCUGGAAUGGCAGCAGCGCUUUGGUCAGAGCUUGGCCAAGGGCAUCACCAAGAGAGAAGGUCUCAAGAACGAGUUCAUGAUCGAGAACUACCUGGCUCACCAGGGAGAGAAGUGGGUCAAUGCCUACGACCCCAACUCACUCUUGUGGAUCUCAAAGGCCAUGGAUGGAUUUUCGCUGGAGAAGCCCGACAGGGAUGGCAAGCCCAGCCUUCUGGAGGGUCUGAAAGAAGCCAUGAUGCCCGCGCUGGUCAUCGGAGUGCAGCAUGAUGUACUGUUUCCCGUUUGGCAGCAGAAGGAGAUUGCCGACACGUUGCGAAAGGCAGGAAACAAGGGAGUGGUCUACUACGAGCUGGACUCCAUCUACGGACACGACUCCUUUUUGUUGGACGCCGUGUCCAUUGGCCCGGCCGUGAAAGGCCAUCUAGAACAGGAGCCUGACGGAGCACGUCACAUUUGGGAGGAGUUGGCGAGCAGCGCUGUUGGAUUUCUUCAGGCCAUCAGCCAGAGGGGAAGCACCGCCGACAGCAUGAGGGACAUUUUCCGAGCGCUGGGAAAUGGCGAAAAGGAGGUGGAGCGCGAUCGGCUGAAAGCCAUGGUGAAGUUGGUGUGGUCCGGUCGCGUCAACGAGGCAGCUGUUGACAAAGCAUUUGAGUCAAUGGCCAAAGAGCCUUUGAUGGAGCUCAAACAGUUCAUGGACAUGCGACAGGCGCUGACGGAAGCUAUGAGUGACACCUACUUGCCUUGAAGCAGCCAUGAUGCGAUGCCAUGGGAACUAUUUCCAGAAUUCUUCGCACCAAAUGAAGGUUUUCCGAAAGAUCCGCCAUCCAAAGAUCCUCCAGAUGAACCUGUCGAUGGGC